GAGCUCCUCCCGCCCUGACAUCUCCUCACCCCUCCUCGAGCCCCUCGGCUCCUGGCACCCAGAGAGGGAUGGCAGCAAGGGCGGGAGGAGGGGGAGAGAGGGACUGACAGCAACUGCCCUUUCUCCAGGAUGGGUUGAGAGCAACAAAAACCUCCCAAGCUCCUUCCUCUGGGUGUUUUGGAGCAGAUCCUGCCUGCCUGGCGGGGUGACUCCUCUGCACUGUCUGUGCGCGUUCCUGUGCGUGUGCUGCUGCCAUCGCAGAUGUACCCCCAGCUGUCACUUCACCGCGCACAGUCGCUCCCUCUCCCGCCUCUCUCUCUCUCUUUCUCUCUCCCCCUGUUUAUUAUUUACGGAGGAUUACAGUCCCUUUCCCACGCUGUCACCUCGCCGUGCGGCUCCUCUGCCCUCCACGCGGGGUGAGCGACUGGCUGGGGGGGGCUCCUGCCAGUGAGGGUCCACCGAGAUCCCAGCUGGCAACAGAGGGACUUUCUGCUGGAUUUGUUUUGGGAUUGUACCGGGUUCGCUGGAAGAGCUGCUAUUCUCACAGGAGGGUCCAUUCCAGCCUGAGAGAGUGCUGUAGGGAGUUAAAUAGAGCACACGGAAAGCCUGCUGCUGGGGAAUGAAAGUCAAGGAGGGAAAGGGAAGGAAGAGGCUGUAAUUGGGCAGUGUCCGGGGAAUCGGGUGGAAGUGGCUGCAGGCAGAAACCCCUCCAGGACCUGGCAGGCAGGCUACAAGAUCAUUCCUUCUCUUUUUGGGGCUGUGUGCCAGGCUGGCUGUUGGAUGUGAAGACAAGCUGGAGAAGACAACGAUGCUGCCUACAACUGCUGGCCACCGGUGGAGGAGCAGGUUCCUCAUGAGGUGGCAAGAGGCUUGUCUGCUUGGCUGUUGGCUGUCGCUAUGUGCUGCUGAGUCCUUCUUUGCUUGUCCUUCCUCCUGCAAGUGUAACAGUGGCAACCUGGAAGUGGACUGUAGUGGCUUGGGCCUCUCUUCCAUUCCCUCAGACAUCCCCACAAACACCAGGACCUUCCUCUUUCUCAACAACAAACUCAGCAUCCUGCCAGGAGCAGUGUUUUCCAACCUCUCCGCUCUACAGAGGCUGGAUCUAUCCAACAACUUCUUGGACCAGCUCCCUCAGAACAUCUUCAGUGACCUGGGGAACCUCACGGAGCUCCAGCUGAGGAACAACAGCAUUCGGGCCUUGGACAAGGACCUGUUACAGCACACGGCCCUGCUGCGUCAGCUGGACCUCUCCAUCAACGGCCUGGCCCAGAUCCCCUCGGGAAUCUUUGACGACCUGCCUGCUCUCCGCUCCCUGUCUCUCAGGUCCAACCGCCUGCAGAGCCUGGACAGGGUGACCUUCGAACCGCUAACCAGCCUGCAGCUUCUCCAAGUCGGGGAUAACCCCUGGGAAUGUGACUGCAACCUCCGAGACUUCAAGCACUGGAUGGAGUGGUUCUCCUACCGAGGUGGGAAAAUUGACCAGCUGGCAUGUACCCUGCCCAAGGAGCUGAAAGGGAAGGAUAUGCGAAUGGUACCCAUGGAGAUGUUUAACUACUGCUCCCAGCUGGAUGAUGAGAACAGCUCUACAGUGCUGGACAAUACUGGCCCACCCUGCACUAAAGGAAGCCCAGCUCCUUCCAAAUCUAAAUCAGGCCCAGAAACAGAAGUGGAGCCCAGUGUGGGAUGCCCUCAGAAACAGCGAUACAGGCCCGUGAGCGUGCGCCGGGCCAUUGGCACUGUGAUCAUUGCAGGGGUGGUUUGUGGCAUCGUUUGCAUCAUGAUGGUGGUGGCAGCUGCUUAUGGCUGCAUUUAUGCCUCCCUCAUGGCCAAGUACCACCGGGAGCUAAAGAAGAGGCAGCCGCUCAUGGGUGACACGGAAGGUGAACAUGAAGAACAAAAACAAAUCUCCUCUGUGGCGUGAAACUCUUCUAGGAAGGAAAGGACAGCGAUGAAAAAAAGGUACCUGAGAGCAGUCAAGCAUGGGGUCCUCCCAAAAUACAUCUUCCCAGACAGAGUGACAGACUGUGCUAUUGCUCCACUCACCCAAGUAGUGCAACAUGCUUCUGGGGGGUCAGGGCACCUGGCUCAAUUUCUUUUCCUCUGCCCCAGGCCCAUUUUGUGCCCUUUCACCCUUGGGGCCUCCCAGACAAAAUAAAGUAGAGUCAGACCUCGA